CCGGGCGACACCGGCGACACCGAGCCGAGCCUCUCCGGGCCGGGCUGCACCGCACCGCACCGAGCCGAGCCGAGCCGGCAGCGCAGGGCAGGGCAGGGAGCGGAGCCGCGGCUGGAUGCGCUGAGCGCGGUGGGGACGACCGGCUCCCGGAGCAGCGGCAGCGGCAGCGGCAGCGGCAUGGGUUGCUGGGGCUGCUGAGCGGCGGCCGAGCCCGCCUCUGCUCGUCCCCGCCGAGGAGUCGCCAGGGAAUCGGGACGCGCCGCCUCGCCGGUGCCGGGGACACCCUCCGGCCCCCCAGCCCCAUCAGCCGAGGAUGCCCCGGGGGCCCGCGGGCCGCCCCCGCCGCUCGCCAUGAGGAAGAACCCGGCCGGGCCGCGGGCGCUGCCGCCGCCGCCCGCCGCCGCCUGAGCCCCGUGCCCCGGCCGUGCCCGUGCAGGGGCCACCCGAGCGCCCCGGCGCCGUGACCCUCCUCCCGCCCCCUCGCCCGGCGCGCCCGGCUAUAAAGGAGGGUUUUAUUCUCGGGCUCCGGUCUCACGCCAAACCCUGUCACACCGUCUAGACGAGCUGUCGUGGGGCUCGGCCCAGCUGUCACCAUGGCGAUGGAGACGAGUCCGCUGUGAAUUUUGGGGGGGAGCGAGCGAGCGAGAGCGGCGGCGGCGGCAGAGGAGGAGGAGGAGGAAGGCUCGGCCGCCGCCGUGCCCUGCCCUCCCCCGCGGGGGAGGCUCGGACCCCCCGGCGCUGCCGACCGCGGCUGGAGCCGGCCCGGCGGGGAGCCCCGGGAGCCAGCGGCCGCGGGCGCGGGGCGAGCCUCAGAUGCGGCUGUCACACAACCCCGGCCGCGCUAUUUAAAGUAACGGGCCCCGCCGGACACUGGUGUCUCUGCCUAUUUAUGAGCCCCCGGGAGCCGGCGGGCGCCGCCGGGCAGCGCUAAGAGCCGAGGCCGCCGGGAGCAGCGCCGGGGCCCGCCCGGAGCAUGACGGCGAUCCGGGCGCUGCUGCUCUGCCUCUGCCUGGGGCUGCGGGCCGGCGGGCAGCCCUUCCUGCGCCUGCGACCCUCGCCCAGUGACAACCUGCCCGUCAAGGACAUCGUGGAGCACCCGGACCCCGAGUACGACCCCAAGGAGCAGGACCUGGACGAGAGGACGCUGAGGAAGAAGCUGGGCAGCCAUUUCGACCCCGGCUUCAUGGCCGUGGCCGUGCCGGGGCCGGCCAACGCCUCGGGCGCCGCGGCGGCGGCGGGGCGGGGGCGGGCGGCGCUGCCGGCCGAGCUGCGGCGGCUGGAGCUGGGGCCGCCCCGGGGCCCGCGCCUGCGGCUGGGCAAGAAGGCGCGGCGGAAGGUGCUGCAGUGGCUCUGGGCGCACACCCACUGCCCCGUGCUCUACGCCUGGAAGGACCUGGGGGUGCGCUUCUGGCCGCGCUACAUCAAGGAGGGCAACUGCCUGGCCGAGAAGUCCUGCUCGCUGCCCGAGGGCAUGUUCUGCAAGCCCGUCAAGUCGGUCACCAAGACCUUCCUGCGCUGGCACUGCCAGGGCUGGUCCAGUCAGAAGUACUGCACCUGGAUCCCCGUGCAGUACCCGCUCAUCUCCGAGUGCAAGUGCUCCUGCUAAGCCUUCCCGGCCCCUUGCACUGCCGCCCUCCUCCUCCGGAUCACUUUGGGGAGGGAGGUUUUUCGGGUGGGUUUUUUUGGAGGGGGUGGGGUUUUUUGGGAUAGUUUUUGGGGGGAUUUUUUUUUCUCCGCCUCCUGCCCCCCAGAGCGAAGUGGGAGAAGAUGAACCUCUUUGGGGUUUUUGCUGGAUAUUUUUUUGUUGUUGUUUUGGGGUUUUUUUGUUAAUUUUUGGGGGGGUUGUUCGAUUUUUUUUUUUUUUUUUUUUUUUUUUUGUUAAUUUUUUUUUCUUUAGACUUCUUUUAAUGUUAUUUUAUUCAAAUGGGGGAAAAGCGAACCCAGGAACUGCAGGGCAGGCCAAAGGCACAGUAAAGCACUACAAUCAGAUGUCUAUUUUUAUACGUAUAUAGCCUUCUAACAAAAGGAAAAUUAAAAAAAAAAAAACUUUAAAAAAAAAGGAAAAAAAAAAAAACUACCAGCCGUGUAAAUAGAGAGAUUUUAAAGGAAAAGGAGGGGUGGGGGAAAUUGCAGCUGUUUUUUUUUUAUUAUUAUUAUAAUUAUUAUUGUUAUUAUUAUUAUUUUAAAGACACAGGACCACAUUUUAAACCCAUCCCCACAGAACCCAAGCACUUCCCUGUCGAAGGGAAGGGCAGAAAUUUCUUGUAAAGAUAUUUUUAUCAAAAGGAGAAAAGGGGCGGGGGGUGUAAAAAAAGAAAAACAAGAACUGCAGCAUCCCUGAACGGUUGUUUCUCUGUGCUGUAUUUUUUUUGUCUUCUUCAGACCUUGUCACUGAUGUUUGAACUAAUUUACCAAGAUCUCUAGGGUUUUUUUAAAAGUGUAUAACAAUUAAUUAAGAAGGAAAUUUUAAAGAAAAGUACAAAUCUAUGAAAGAGUGGAAUUGCUUUGUUGUGUGGGAAUACAUAUAGUCGUGUAGAGAUGUUAAAGGAAAUUUUCUGUGUACAGUUUAUUUAUUUUUAUCGUUUGUGUAUAGGAAAAAAAAAAUGCUAGAGAUUAUGCCAGAAACUAUUGGAAAUGUUUACUUGAAUAUUCCUUUUAAAACAUAUCAAUGUAAAUAUGAGCUAUCACUGAUCAAAACAUUUUUAGCAAUAAACUCUAUCGUUGAAGAAAAAACCCGGUGCUGCACUCCAGCUUCCUGGAAGACCAGCGGAGACUCGGAUUCUUGCUCAGAGCAGGUGAUGAGUAAAGGGCUUUGUCUGGUCCACGCUGGUGUAAAUCACGAGAUGCCCCAAAAGUCGGGACAGCUCCACCGGUUUCUGUCUCUCCGGGAUCCCAAAAAUCCCGAAAUCUUUGGGACUUCUUUGCGUGUAUAACCUGUUGGGGAAAGAGAAAAACACCGACGGGAGAGAAAUGGCUCGUAACGCAUAAAAGAGCUGCGAUGUCCCGGGCUGGAGGUGUCAUCUGAAGUCCUCGGGAGGUUCUAUGCUCUGCGGCUCUUGGAUUCGGCUCUCCCGUUGGCAGAGGAAGCGGUCGAGGUUACUGCCCCGGCCAUCAAAGCGCCUGACACAGCUUAGCAACCCCGCGUGUGUCGGAACAAAUGUUUUUACUCGGCUGCCGCUACUAGCGAAGGACGGAAGGAUGUAGACGAGCCCUGCGCCCUGCCCUGCCCUGCUGCCGCGCCGGAGCCCCGGGUCCCGCAUCCCUGCCCGGGUGUGUGCGGGGCUCAGCACAGCCUGGGUCCCGCAUCCCUGCCCGGUGUGUGCGGGAC